AUGGCUCCAGGGAAUGUGAGUAGAGUCACAGAGUUCAUUCUCAUGGGAAUUUCAGACCGUCCGGACCUCCAGAUUCCACUCUUCUUCGUUUUCCUGAUCAUCUAUGGACUGACUGUGACAGGGAACGUGGGCAUCAUCACCCUGACCAGUGUCGACUCUCAACUUGAGACCCCCAUGUACUUCUUCCUCCGCCACUUGGCCAUCAUCAAUCUUGGCAACUCUACCGCCAUUGCCCCGAAGAUGCUGGUCAACUUCCUGGCUACCAAGAAAACCAUAUCUUUCUAUGGAUGUGCAGUUCAGCUGGGUGCCUUCUCGGUUUGCGUUGCGGGUGAGAUUUUGAUGUUGGCUGUCAUGGCCUAUGACCGCUAUGUGGCCAUUUGCAAUCCCCUACUUUAUAUGAUGGUGGUGUCUCCACGGGUGUGUCUUCUGCUAGUUUCCCUCACCUACCUCCAAGGUCUGAACACAGCCCUGACUGUGUCAUCUUGUGUGUUCUCUGUGUCUUUCUGCUCUUCCAAUGUCAUCAACCAUUUUUACUGUGAUGAUCUCCCUUUGUUAACAUUGUCCUGUUCUGACACCUACAUUCCAGAAACAGCAAUUUUUACCUUUUCCGGGAUCAAUUUGCUUUUCUCUAUGAUUGUUGUCCUUGUGUCCUAUUUCAACAUUGUCCUUGCUAUUCUGAGGAUACGGUAUGCAGAGGGGCGGAAAAAAGCCUUUUCUACAUGUGCUUCUCACAUGAUGGCCGUCACUGUGUUCUAUGGGACUCUUCUCUUCAUGUAUUUGCAGCCAAGGACCAACCACUCCUUAGAUACGGAUAAAAUGGCCUCUGUCUUCUAUACUCUUGUGAUACCAAUGCUAAACCCCCUCAUUUAUAGUCUAAGGAACAAGGAUGUCAAGGAUGCAUUGAAAAGAAUGCUGAAUAAUCCAUGUCAGUCCCUGAAACUAAUAAAAAACUGA